UAGAUCGAUCCACACAAUUACAGCUUCUUCGUCCAUCGAGGCAGCGGGAGGAUAGACUAGACUCCUUCCUUCCUCCCUCUCCCACUCCAUCCGUCACCCUGAUAGCUCCCUAGUCAUUCAACGGCAGUCCCUCGCCCAUCUCACGUUUUCCCGCCUUCGCUCGUCUCACGGCGGCCCACCCGAUCGCCCUUUUCCUGCUGUCUGUCGUAACGGAUCCCCACGUUCCCCCUGGCUGCACUCCCUUGGAGCACGCCAAGCCAGUAGCAGCGGCGCUCAAGGCGAGAGUGUCAUAGUGCCCUGUCUCCCGCGCGCGUCUUGCCCUUGUGCACCGGCAAUGAAAGGCGGCACCGUACCCAGACUUGUUUCACACCCGCGAUAGACGGCCAUUCAAGGGCACGCAUAGGCAGCGGCACGCGCGACGCACAGUGUGUGCUGAAAGGCCGCCUCGACACGUGUGGUGGCGAGCGAGUGGCGACCAGGACACGGAAGGCCGUGCGACGUGCCCGCACUCAUUUGACGGGCGAUUCGACGCCACCUUUGCGCGGCUCCGAGAUCUAUCCCCGCCACACCCCGUUAGCGCCGCUGCAGGGCGAACGCAUCUCCAGCGCCACGCAUAUCUCAAGCCGUGCAUCGCCAGCGCCACGCAUCGCCAUGGCCACGCAUCGCCAGCGGCACGCCAGCAGCCAACGGCACGCAUCGCCAGCGGCACGCAUCGCCAUAGGCACGCAUCGCCAGCACCACUCGUCAGACUGCGCGGCACGUCUGACGCAGACAUGGCGACACCAUCCUCGGUUCGCUCCUCGUCGUGGCUCCUAUCCCUACCCCCUUCCACACUCCCCUCGUCCUCCCUCGGCAAGACAAGGCCGUCAUUGCCCGUGUCGCCGCGAGCGAUCGGCCCAGGAGGCGGGUGUGGAGCUGGCCUGGCCGUACAUAUGCAGCUUCCCUCCUUUGGAUGCUAACACAGUUAGACACCAGUCCCUGCAUUAGCUACCAACGACGUCAUGGGGCACAAGCACAAGCGUCGGGGUGAUAAGGCAGAGGGCACGCGCAAGCACAAGCGUACGCAUGCUGAUGCGCGACCGAUGCAAGCGCUGCCAAGCCUUCGUGAGGGGCAGCCACUCCAGCAGCAUUCACUCCAGCAGCAGCCAUUCGAGCAGCAGCCACUCCAGCAGCACCUUCUCCAGCAGCUGCUUCUCCAGAAGCAGCCUCUGCAGCAGCAGCCUCUCCAGCAGCAGCCUCUGCACCAACAGCCUCUGCAGCAGCAGCCUCUGGAGCAGCAGCCUCUGCAGCAGCAGCCUCUCCAGCAGCAGCCUCUGCAGCAACAGCCUCUGCAGCAGCAGCCUCUGGAGCAGCAGCCUCUGCAGCAGCAGCCUCUCCAGCAGCAGCCUUUGCAGCAGCAGCCUCUCCAGCAGCAGCCUCUGCAGCAGCAGCCUCUCCAGCAGCAACCUUUGCAGCUGCAGCCUCUCCCGGUGCAGCCACAGCUUCAGAGCCAACUGCCACGUCACCACGGGGGCAGCGGCGUCCGUGCUGCAGAGGCCAUCACCGACGCUCCAUGUGCAGCGGCCGGUGAGGGGGGAGAAGACGAGGAGGGGGAAGGUGACAGCAACAGUAGCGAGAGCGAGUCCGGCGAAGAGGGCGACCAGAGGCACGCCCAGUCUGGCUCCGGCACGGAUACCAGCUCCUCAGAGUCAUCUUCGGAUUCUGAGUCUGCCGACGAAGCUAGCUCGGAGGGCGAGGCGGAGCAGUCUGCUUGCAUGGGGCAGGCUGCGGUGGCCGAGACGGCGGCGGGCAAGAACGACGUUACUUUUGAUAAGCUCUUCGCCUCCCCAGCUGAGGCGGCAGUGGCCGCUGUGGGGCAGAGGGACGGGUAUGACAUGGACGACGAGGACCAGCGUGCCAUGAACAGGGGUCGCUACAUGAAAAUUGGAGCGGCGGGCGGUGCAGCUGGGGAGGGUGGGAAGAUGAAGACGCGGAACGGCGGGCAACGGCAGAAGGCAGCCGGAGAGGCGGGCGACGUUAGGCAGGAACGGUCGGGGCGCGGACGCGGCAGGGCGGGCUCGCCCACGCCGUCUGGUCGCCGUCUCCAAGAAGCGACUGGGAAGGCAAAGGGCUCCCGAGGUGCAGGUAACCCCAAGAGCGGGGGAGUGGCAGAGCCGGCCAACGGAGACAAGCGGGGCAAGGACGGCAAGGGGAAAGGGAAGACCAAGCAGAAGAGAGCACCGGAGAUGCAGGCCCCCCCCCAGUCUGGCCUCGGUCCGCCGGUGGUGCAGCAGUUUCAGCUAGGCACAAGACGCAUGGCGCCGACAGGUGGAGCCACCCUAACCUCGACCCUGCGCUACAAUGACGCUGCCCCCAACACCGCCGCAGUGGUCCUCCCAUCUUCCAGCGCUGGGCCACGCGCGCUACGUGCCGUCCAUGAGAAGGCGUCGAAGAAGAAGUACGUCUCUAGGGCUGAGCUGAUGGCUGAGCUGGACCGUAUGAAGACCGCACUGCUGGCCACUGUCACGGCCUUCAUCGACGGGCAGCGGGCGAUGUACGCAGCUGGUCGGGUGGCGAAUGGGAAUGGCCCGGCGUCCACUGGACAGGGAAGCCAGGAGGAGCCGAGUCCAGCCACGUUGGCUCGCCGUGAGGUUCUCCUGGCGGCGGAGGACUUCAAGAGGUGUGGGGUCUGAUCUGGCACGUCGAUAAGCCGCGGAUGUGGCCGUUCUCGACCCUGAUCUUUGCUGUGGGGUUUCGCAGGGGAUUCAAGCGGCGCCACGUCCAAAUGAGCUGCUAUAAGACCCGCCAGAUCGCCUGGGGGCUGUACGCGGUG